GUACAUCCCCCAAAUGAUAACGCUCCCCCCCAAUACGAGUUAGCUCCUUAGCUUUCUAUUGUACAUAUUGUAUUGAAUACAUCUUUUAUGAAUGUAUUUGAUUUGCUGUGUCUCAUCAUGCUUGGUUUCAUGGAAACAAACAACCAAAAUGAUAAAUGUAUAAACUUAACCUAAUAUAAACAAAUGGGCACAUGUAUGACACCAAACACUACUUUUAAUAGCUAUAGGCUAAGAGACCCAGUUUAAACAAAGAGGGCAUCGAUACACCAGUGUGGAGGGGUGGAGCGAUUAGUUACUAGGCAACAAUGAACACCUCAUCCCUCUGGUAUGUUUGUUUCAUUGAGCAGAAAGACUGAUCAGCUGUACACGUUGACUAACAAGAAAUACAGGAAACGAAGACAACUGGUCUAUGACUAACCACUGGAACGCUCUCUGAAAGUAUGGCCCGCUACUUUACAAGACUGCGAGUGAGGCGAGUCUAUAAAUGGAGAGGAACCCCUAUAAGCUUUGACAGGAAACUCAAGACAUUCAGUUAUGACUCUUUGGACAUUCGUGUCGAGGGACUGUCUGGUUCCACGGUCAUAAACACCGGUCAGUAUAUCCUCAUCGAGGGAGAGGACGAGGACAACCCGUAUGUGGCCAAAGUCACGAAGCUUUUCGGAGACGAGAGUCAGAAACAGAAGAAAGCUUUGGUGCAGUGGUUUGUGCGUGUCUCUGAGGUGCCUUCAAACAAGAUGAAGCAGAUGGGGAGAGACCCCCACCCACAGGAGGUUUUCUACUACCUAACUCGCGCAUGUGACAACGAGAUCAACGCCGAGUCUAUUCUCAGCACUGUGCAGGUUAAACACCUCCUCCCAGACGCUCCCUUCCCACAGUCCCAAGCCAAGGACAGUCUCUACGUCAAGCUCUCCUGGGACACCAAAACCUUCAAGGUCCUGGACCCUGCACUGAUGCAGGACGGCCCACCGUCGCCCCCAUCAUCUCCCCCACCGCGCCGCAAGCCGUCCCUGCCGCCCUCCCCCCCGUCCCCCCCGCACGCGGCCACGCCGGCGUCCCGUGGGUCGGAGCGGCGGGCGCUGCCCACGCCAGACCCCGCGGUGAUGCGUAGAGCCGGGGGCGCGAGCACGGGCAAACGGGGUUUCGUCGAGGCCGAGUCUGUCCACUCGACGUCCAAGCUGUCAGCCUCAAAGAGCCUCAGUGCCCGGCGGAGAGGUAGCGUCUCUGGAACGCCCGGUGUGCGCAAGAAGCUACAGCUCAACAAUCCAGAGGCAACCCUCACCACAGAAGACGUGCUGGGGAAGUACCUGGGAGAGGAGCUGGAGAGUGAGAUCCUGCUGGCCCAGAAGCUGUCCUCAUCCCCCGCCAGCACCAUGGCUCCGUCCUACAGCCUCUGUCCCAGAAAGGCUGCUGGCCCGGGCCCUGGCUGUCAGGACACCACCCCUCUGAAGGCCUCAGUGAGUCUGGAGAGGCUGUCCCCUGUCGCUCUGGGGGAACAGGACUCAGACAGAGCUACCACCCCUUCCAGGAGGAGGGACGCCUCCAGGUCGACCAGGGAGCGGGCUCUGGCCGUUCUGGAGGAAGUGGAAAUGGAGGACUCCCCCCUGGCCAGCCCGGUUGCCAUGACGCCUCGCUCCAAGAGGAAGUCUGCCCUACUGGUGUCCUCGCGAAUCCGGAGACAGCUGAAUCUGUUGACUAACGAACAGGAUAUGACCUCGGAUGGCGACGACGGGGACGAUGACUGCUUCCUGCCCUCGAAGAAGGCUCUGCAGAGCAGCAGCGAUGAUGAGGAGCAGGAGGAGGAAAGCGACGAAGAGAUCUUGGUGAGGAAGAGCAAGCGUGUGGUGGGAUCUCGGACCCCCCGCUCCACCCAGAGGAGCCGGGCUCCAGCUAGGACCCCACGCAAGACCCCCAGUAAAAAGAGCACCCCUGGUACACCACGCACGCCACGCACGCCACGCCACGCCACGCCCAGUAUCCCCAGCCGGACCCUUCCUGCUCAGCUGCCUGGGAAUGUUCUAGAGGAAGCCAGAGCACGGCUCCAUGUGUCGUCCGUGCCAGAGUCCCUCCCCUGUCGAGAGCAGGAGUUCCAGGACAUCUACAGCUUUGUGGAGAGCAAGAUCAUGGAUGGCACUGGAGGGUGCAUGUACAUCUCUGGGGUUCCCGGUACGGGGAAGACGGCCACGGUGCACGAGGUGGUGCGCUGUCUGCAGCACGCCGCCCACACGGACGACAUCCCCGCCUUCCGCUUCGUAGAGAUCAACGGCAUGAAGAUGACCGACCCUCACCAAGCCUACGUACAGAUCCUGCAGGAACUGACCGGCCAGAAGGCCACCGCCGACCACGCUGCCUCCCUAUUGGAGAAGAGGUUCAGUAACCCCGCCCCCAAGAAGGAGACCACCGUGCUAUUGGUGGAUGAGCUGGAUCUCCUGUGGACCAGGAAGCAGAAUGUCAUGUACAACCUGUUUGAUUGGCCAACCAGGCGCCACGCUCGAUUGGUUGUGCUGACCAUUGCCAACACCAUGGACCUCCCUGAGAGGAUCAUGAUCAACAGAGUGGCCAGUAGACUGGGCCUGACCCGCAUGUCCUUCCAGCCGUACAGCUACAAGCAGCUGCAGCAGAUCAUCACGUCCAGGCUGAACAAGGUGAGAGCGUUCCAAGAGGAUGCCCUCCAGCUGGUCUCCAGGAAGGUGGCAGCACUGUCCGGAGACGCCCGGCGCUGCUUGGACAUCUGCCGCCGCGCCACCGAGAUCUGUGAACACUCGGCCCCCAGCGACGGCCCCGCGGGAUUGGUGGCCAUGAGUCAUGUGAUGGAGACUCUAGACGAGAUGUUCUCGUCUGCUUACGUCACAGCCAUCAGGUGUGCGUCGGUUCAGGAACAGCUCUUCCUGAGAGCGAUCAUUGCUGAGUUCCGCAGGCUGGGUUUGGAAGAGGCUACCUUUCAGCAGGUGUUUGUGCAGCACCAGGCUCUGUGCCGGAUGGAGGGUCUCCAGCCGGUCAGUGUGUCUGAGGGCCUGGCCGCGUGCCGCCGUCUGGGAGCCUGCCGUCUGCUCCUGCUGGAACCCAGCCGUCUGGAUGUCCUGCAGCGCGUCCGGCUCAACGUCAGCCAGGACGACGUGCUCUACGCCCUCAAGGCUGACUGAGGGGGGGGGCGGGGGGGAGUGAGACUGUUGUGGGUGUGUGAGAGAGAGAAAGAGUCUGUGUGUGUGGGGGGAGGAGCCUGGUGCUGCACAGGUAGAACCAUUUUAAAGAAGCUCUAUUAUAGUUUUAAAUAAUCU